CUCUGCCAGGAGAGGAGGAGCAGGAGGAGGGUGAGCUCCUUCUAUAAAAGCGAAGGACUGCUCCACUCCCAUUCUGGGCUAGAUCGGAUCCCUUCUUCUCCAUCAUUUCUCUUUUUGCUCCUCCUCACUCCAGAAGAUCAAGUUUAUCUCCACCAAUGGACUGUAGAAAUGCAUCUGAGAACUGCAAGGAGCUCUCUGUGCCUUGCUCUGACUCCGGCUCUCUACCACCAUCUAUAUCUGGCACUGAUUCCUUGACUGGACAGCGGGCUGGGAUGACCCUGGGGAGACCAGCAGCAGCAAAUGCAGCCCGAGAGCGGAGCCGAGUGCAAACUCUGCGCCAUGCCUUCUUGGAGUUGCAGAGGACCCUUCCCUCUGUGCCUCCCGACACCAAGCUGUCCAAGUUGGAUGUCUUGCUCCUGGCCACCACCUAUAUUGCUCAUCUCACCCGCAGCCUACAAGAUGAAGAAGAUUUGCCUGGAGAGGGCUUGGGCACAUUGAGAGGAGAUGGCUACUUGCACCCAGUUAAGAAAUGGCCAAUGCGAUCAAGGCUAUACAUUGGAGCAUCUGGACAGUUUUUGAGUCAUUCAGUGCAAACAGAAAAUACAAGUCAAGGAGAAACCUCAACAAAUGUACAAAUGUAAUCCUGUGUUUUUCUUGAAUAGAGUUGUAUUUAUUAUGCCAGAUAUAUUUAAAUUCAUAUACAUGCUCCAACAAUUAUGCCAUUUCUCCCAAGCUUAGGUAGGACUGACACUAUAUAAACUUAAGGAUGGUUCACACAUUUUUUCAGAAGCAGUCUGUUCAGAUGCGCAGUGUAUGGUUUCUGAAAUGGCAUAAUAUACUUUUAAUUACAAGAUGUCACAGGUGAGAUUCAUGAACUCCUCACUCAUAUUAUGUUUUUUUUAAUGUGCAAACAGAUCUUCACAUUGGUCAAGAAAGUGGUCAGAUGUAACAUGUGAAUGGACCUUUACAAAUAGUCAAUCUACAACCAUUACAAGAAUUGCUAUUCAUUUUAGUUGAAAAGAGGAUGUGUCUGGGAGGUUAUUACAUUAUUUCCUGCCUCAUUAAUUAAGAAACAUAUGGAUAUGCUGUUCUUCUCACUGCCCAGAUACAUUUUGGCUUUUAAGAACUUAAGAAGAGACCUGCUGGUUCAGACCAAGAUCUAGUUCAUAUCCUAUGUUCAGCAAUUUAUUCAUUUGAUAGAAAUGUGUGAAUCAUGUGGCCCUCCAGAUGUUGUUGGACUGCAAUUCCCACCAGCCAUAGACAAUGGUGUGGGGUGCUGGGAGUUGCAAUCUAAAGGUAUCUGGUGGCCAUAUGAUUCCCACUGUUGAUUUAAUACUAGCAAAAAGUACCCAGGUUCACACAGUUGGAUACACUGGAGCUGCAAAGAAAUUUGCACAGCUGUGAAUUGAUGUUGUCUGUUUUGCCUGAGUGAAGCUAUAACCCCUCAAAUCUUUAGUAAUUUUGCACCUUCAUACCCUGUUUAAGGAGUAUGCCCACUUGAUGCCUGUGAGGAGGGGAUGCUUCACAGCCGGGAAGCCAUUCCACUCCAUCUUUUGCAACUACAUUACUUGUUGCCUUCAAGCUCUCUUGACUGCAAUGCUAUGCACCGAUUAAGGGAGUGCAUCACCUUGGCUGCAUCCACAGUGCAGAAAUAAUCCAGUUUGACACCGCUUUAACUGUCAUGGCUCAAUGCUAUGGAAUUCUGGGAACUGUAGUUUGUGGGACAUUUAGCCUUCUCUAUCAGAGAGCUCUAGGGCCAGAACAAACGACAAUUCUCAGAAUUACAUAGCAUUGAGCCGUGGCAGUUAAAGCAGUGUCAAACUGGAUUAUUUCUAUGGUGCGGAUGCAGCUCUUGUGACUGAAGAUCAUAGUGCAAGCUUCAAAUGCACUGACAUAUUUAAAGUAACUAUAGGCCCCAUACAGACAGGCCAAAAUAAAGCUGCUUCAUGUAACUUUGGAGGUGUGCUGUUUAAAUGAUGCAUGCAUCC